CCUACCGAAACUCGACCGGUUUUAUCAGAAGGCGGUAUUGGUAUGGAUACCGGAGUUCUUGUUCCCAGAGCUCCAGGCAGUUCCUUGUCCAGGAUAUGGGGGCAAGGGGCGCACCUGAUGGCUGGAACCCUAAGGGGCCACGCCGGGUGUUCAUGGAUCACGACGUGGCGUACGUGAUGGGGUUUCGGUACAAGUGUGCGAAGGGCGCGGAGUUCAAUAAAGGCAAGCAGGAGGCGGAAACGCGCAAGACGAGAGUCAACGCGUGGGAUGCUGGGUGCCUCCGGCGUCUCCCGGAGUACAUCUCCAAGGAGUUCCCUUUCCUUCUCACCAAGCGAUCGGGCAUUGAGAUUUGCAUGGUGGACCGGCUUGCAGAUGAUUUGGUGCAUGGGAAGGGCUUCUCAGCUGCUGCCAAGAACAUUCGUCAGGCGCAUACGACCAAGUUCAUGGUGGACCAGCUGAAGUACACCUCUCUGGUCAACACCCGGCGGACCAGCUCGGGCAUCUUCCGCUCGGCCAACCUCGCCAAAACGCCGGAGAGGUUCGGCAGUUUUGAUGACUCGACAAAGUACGGCGGUGCGGUCCCGUCGGAGCACUAUUUGCGGCACGUGAGGCGGUUUUAUUUCUCAAAACUCCCCGUGCUGGAGGUGGAUAGCGUGGAUUGGACCCUGGAGGAGUAUCACCACCGCUUGAUGCAGCGCUGGGACGGAGACAUUCUGGGUGGGGAUUCUUCGUUUAAGUUUGCGAAGAUCAUCCGGCUCCGGGCAAAAGCGGGCGAGGAGCGCACAAGACCAGUGUACGGCUCCUUCACAGUCUUCGACGAAUGUGGUCUGGCAGCGUCCGAUGAAGACCGGUGCCUUGAGCGAGCUGGCGGAGGAGUUGAAGCUUUUCUUCAUGCGAUUCGUUCGCAAUGGCUUCGUGGUUCCUACUCUGUGGAACACAAAUUGAGGAGGUAACGGGGAUCAGUCU